UAUCAGCAGAUGUCACUAGCUUACGGUCAAAAAUUUCGAAACUAUUCGAAACAUCCUCGUUUCGUUCGUUCCAGUUCGUAUUCAUAGACAAAUAAUAAUAAAAAUAGAAGUUUUUGUGAGAAUAAUAGGGGAAUUAUAUAGGAAUGCAUAUAUGAGUUCCACAAUCCACAUGUGUAUAAAAGUUAUAUACUAUGACCGUGGAUUUAUAACAUUUAUAUUUCGUUUCAGUUUGAUGGCAUCAAAUUGAUGCCAGUUGCUUGUUUGGCAUAUCACAAUUAAGUUGCGUCACGCAUUUUUAACAUACAAAAAUCCAAAAUGAUGUCUAAGAUUUGUUGUGGUUAUGAUCUUCGUAUUGGAUCAAUAAUUGUUUUAAUUUUCAAUCUGUUUGAAAGUUUUCUAUCACCACUGAUAUCACCAAUUGAAGACUAUGGAAUUUUAAACGAUGACGAGAUGCCAAGAGACACUGUUUCUGAAACAAGAAUUACAUUAAUUUUGACUUGCAUUAUUAUUGGAACAGCAAUGUAUGGAAUAAUUGAAAAAAGAGCAUCUUGGUUGAUUUUGUACUUAGCUCUAGGUGCAAUUGGUAUCGUUUAUGAAUUUUUUACACCGUAUGUCAUCAUAACAGAUGAAAAAAAAACAGAUGAUGUUUCAAAGGAAAUCAAGAUGAUUUAUUUCAUCGUUAGCUAUGCAAUUUCUGUUUAUGGCUAUAUUGUAAUAUUUAUGUAUUAUAAACAUUUGAAAAAAAAUGAUAGCUCUCAACAAAAUGGAAGAAUUAUUGCACUGCCAGCAGCAUCAGCACCAUAUGAUCAUCAAAAAAUAAUGGUUUAAUUUUACAAUUUUAUUAUCAAAAAAUCUUUAUUUUAAAAGGUUUAUAAUCUUUUUAUUUUUAGUUCAGUUUAUAGUUUGUAUGUAGCUUAGUUUUUACAUAUUUCAAUGACAAAAAUUUACAGUAUACACGAAAAUAUUCUAAUUAAAAAAAAAAGUUUAUUUUUAUAUUAAUUUU